AAGAAAUUUUAAUGCGGGACAAUAGUCAAAAUACUUUCAAUGUGAAGCCUCUUUGGAAAACUGUUCGUCUCAGCGUGCAACAAAUUGGCCAUUGUAUAUCUGUUACGGUAUAAUCACAUACAUGCUCGUGAACAAAUGCUUUAUUUGUUGUAGCAGCAGGAGUUAUGCAAUUAGUUAGCGCUUGGUGGCGAAGUAAACAUUUUGCAACAGGUUUAAAAUGAGCAGAGUCUUCGGUCAUCGGGAGAAAAAGGCUGACCUUUAUGCUGAUGCACGCUGGAUACACACUGUGAAUUCUGGAGGAAUAACGUUUGGGAUACUUGGUUUGCCUGCUCUUUUGUUUUGGAUUUCCAUCUGCUCUUUGCCCUCACAAACUUUUGGUGCAAGCGUGUCUGGAUCUAAAGCUGAUCACCCGGGUGUUUGUCCGAACAAGUUGAAUGCUAACUUGUGGGUUGAUGCGCAGAGCACCUGCGAACGGGAAUGUCUUAUAGACCAGGAUUGUGCAGGAUUUGAGAAGUGUUGCACCAAUGUAUGUGGACUGCGCAGCUGUGUGGCCGCUCGCUUCUCUGACGGCUCUUCUGAACAGACAGACGGCCAGGGUGGAGGGGAGGGCGCAGGAGGGAGAGGCAGUCCUGCCAGCUGCCAGGGCUUUGUGUGUAGCCAGCAAGGGUCCACGUGUGAUGUGUGGGAGGGCCAGCCGGUCUGCAAGUGCCAGGACCGCUGCGAGAAGGAGCCCAGCUUUACAUGCGCCUCCGACGGGCUCACCUACUUCAACCGCUGCUACAUGGACGCCGAGGCCUGCAUCCGAGGAGUCACUCUGACUGUGGUCACCUGCCGCUAUCACCUGGCCUGGCCAAACACCAGCCCUCUGCCCAUGGACACGACCGCACAUCCAACGCCUACCUCGUCACUGGAGGAUCCGCUCCCGCCCACACUCUACAGCAACCCCAGCCACCAGUCGGUCUACCUCGGGGGCACGGUCAGCUUUCACUGCGACGUCAUCGGAGUCCCGAAGCCGGACGUCACCUGGGAGAAGCAGACCGAGCGCCGGGAGAGCCUCAUCAUGAGGCCCGAUCAAAUGUACGGCAACCUGGUCAUAACGAACAUCGGCCAGCUGGUCAUCUACAACGCGCAGGCCCGGGACACCGGCAUCUACACCUGCACCGCCCGCAACGCGGCCGGGAUCCUGCGCGCGGACUACCCGCUCUCCGUCAUCCGCCGGUCUGAGGACGACCUCUCGGAGGAUGCGGAGAUGAGCAUGCCCAUGGGGCGGCCCUUCUCCCCCGCCGACUGCCUGGCGGAGGUAGACCGGCGAGAGUGCGGGGAGCGGCACGUGGACUGGCACUACGACAGCAAGCAGGGCUCCUGCCUGGCGUUCUCCAACGGCGGGUGCGAGGGCAGCAGGAACCGCUUCGAGACCUACGAGGAGUGCCGCGCCUCGUGCCAGCGGGAGGGCAUGGGCAUCUGCUCCCUGCCGGCGGUGCAAGGGCCCUGCAAGGCCUGGGAGGCUCGCUGGGCCUACAACUCCCUCAUCAAGCAGUGCCAACCCUUCGCCUACGGUGGCUGCCAGGGCAACUCCAACAGCUUCCGCACCCGGGUAGAGUGCGAGGCCAACUGCCCGCAGCCCAAGAGCCGGCCCUGUAAGACCUGCAGAGCCAAGGGUAAAAUCGUGCCCAACCUGUGCCGGAGCGACUUCGCCAUCGUGGGGCGGCUGACCGAGCUGAUUGAGGACCUGGACUCCGGCAUCGCUCGCUUCAGCCUGGAAGAGGUUCUACGCGACGAGAAGAUGGGCCUGUCCUUCUUCAACACACGCCACCUGGAGGUCACGCUGGCCAAGAUGGACUGGAGCUGCCCCUGCCCCAACAUCACCAUGGAGGAGGGCCCCCUCCUGGUCAUGGGCGAGGUUCAGGACGGCAUGGCCGUGAUCCAGCCGGACAGCUACGUGCGCCCCAUUACUGACCGCCGGCUCAAGAAGAUCCACGAGGUGCUGGAGAAGAAGACGUGUGAGCUGCUCCAGCGCUUCCAGGAUUGAGAAUCCUCCUGCCAGGCAACACUGCCGUCUGCUGGAACUAUAGGUACCCACCACUCACAGCCUGGUACUGACUGCUCAAGCUGAAAUUACUUCUGUAUUUUUUUAUUUGAAAUUAAUUUAUGCAAAUGUAAUCACAUAAUAUUUCAGAAUCAACA